AUAAUUUAGUCAAUGAGAGCCGGUGAUUCAGUCGUACGAAAAUAGCGUAAACCCAAGCAAGCACACAAACUUUCCCUGCCCUAUACGCCGCGAUAUAAUAUAUAUACGCCAAAUCAUCUCAACGAGUGAAAUAUGUAUUAAAAACACUUAAAAAAACAUUUAAAAACAUAAACAAGACUUUUUUCAUCUAAAAAUGUCGGAAUUCAAGCCAAAACCACUAAAUUCGUCUUUGAAGUGUUGUAAAAGUAACGAUUCUUUGGUAUCAGUGUCUUCAAAUCAUGAUAAAUUAGUUUGCGACACGAAAAACGAUUAUGUGGUAGUGCCUUCUAAGGACCCUGAUGAAGCCCUUAAUAACAACGUUUCGAUCACUGGAAAGACGAUGAAUUUUCAGUAUUCGGUACCGAAAAGGAUAUCUGUGGAUUUGGAGUUCAAGAACGUGAAGUACCAGACCAAGGUUUGGUCAAUGAAGAAGUAUAAAUUUGAAACCAAAGAAAUUCUGCAUGGUGUUUCUGGUACUUUCAAGUCAGGAGAAUUGUCUGUGAUAAUGGGUCCUUCAGGUGCCGGGAAAAGUACUCUUCUGAAUGUUUUAGCUGGAUUUGUGACAAAAGGCAGUACUGGUGAUAUCUGCCUGAACGGUGUCCAGCGCACUGACAGUCCACGUUUCAGGAAACUAUCUGCCUACAUUCCUCAGGACGAAGAAGUGCGUCUAGCUUUGACUGUCAUGGAAGCCAUGACAUUUGCUGCUAAUUUGAAGCUAGGGUACUCAGUUUCAAGACAGUACAAAAUGCAACAGAUCAAAGAAAUCUUGGAAUCGAUAGGUUUGGAUCAAUCCCACAACACACUGACGUCACGUUUGUCUGGAGGCCAGAGAAAACGUCUAGCGGUAGCUUUAGAAUUAAUUAGCAACCCACCAAUUCUGUUUUUGGAUGAACCAACUACGGGCUUGGACAGCGCCUCUUGUAGCCAGUGCAUGUACCUCUUUAAAAAACUGGCACAAGAAGGAAGAACGAUCAUCUGUACCAUUCAUCAACCUUCAGCUUUAUUAUUUGAAAUGUUUGACAGCCUGUACGUUGUGGCCACCGGAAAAUGCAUAUACGAGGGACCCUCCAAUAGUUUGGUCACUUACUUGAGUAAAUUUAACCUGAAUUGUCCGUCUUAUCACAAUCCAGCAGAUUUUUUGAUGGAAGUUGCUAUAGGUGAAUAUGGUACUGAUCUAGACCUUUUAGCAAAAGCUAUUGAAGAUAAGCAGGCAGAGCAUGAAUUUAUUAGUAACAAAGAAAAGGAAAGUUUGUUUUCCAAAGAAAAAUCAUGGGGUUUGGACGAUGAUAUGCCUAGUCCAUCGCCAGCACCUGUGCUGAUGCAGUUCCUGUUGUUGUACAAAAGAAAUUUGUUGAUAAACAGACGAUGCUGGUUGUAUCCAGUGAACAGACUGUUAGCCCAUAUCAUUAUUGGACUACUUUUUGGCUACCUAUACCAAGGAGUUGGAGCCAAUGCGAAUCAGAUCCUAGCAAAUUAUGUUUAUCUAUAUGGAACGAUGUUACUUAAUGUUUAUACAGGGAAAAUGUCAGUUACUUUAUCAUUUCCGUUAGAAAUGAAGAUCCUGGUACGAGAGCACUUCAAUAGGUGGUACAAGCUUUCACCAUAUCUUAUGUCUGUGAUACUUAUAGAGAUACCUUUUCAAAUUAUUUGUACAUGGACUUAUUUGGUAAUAUCGUAUUACUUAACUGGGCAACCUUUGGACAACAGGGCAUACUUGUUUGUUCUUUUUGUCACUAUUGGUACGCUUUGUGCCCAGUCUAUGGGAUAUUUGAUAGGAGCCACUACUACGACCAAGAUUGCAGUCUUCAUUGCACCCAUCCUAGCCUGUCUAUUCUCAGUCUUCGGUUUCUGUAUCCGUCUCUUUGACACACCCUACAUCUUUAGAUGGCUUUUUUUCAUCAGUUACUUCAGAGCAGCCUUCCAUGGAGUCGUGGUAUCAGUCUACGGGUUCAACAGAAACGAUCUCUACUGCCCAGAAGAAGCAGUCUACUGCCACUACCAAGACCCUGUGAAAUUCCUCAAGGAAAUGGACAUUGUUAAUGUGGACAUAGUGUUGAAUAUAUCACUAGUUUUGGUGAUAUGGUGCCUGAUGAACACUGCCACAUAUUUGACGUUAUGGAUUAAGCUGAAUAAAAGAUAAGGUUUUGAAGAAGUAGGAAAAAGGAUCAAAGUAUAUAGGUCUGUGAUAGAUUCUUUUAGAUGACGCCUUGAAAAACAUUUUUUUUGGGUGUGAUGCAUAAUUUAAUUUAAUUUAUUCAGAUUUUACUAAAGACAAUGCGUUUUAAUUAUAGUUUUGAUGAGAUUUGAUAUUGAUUAAAAAUUCGUUGAAAUU